AUGAAGCUUCUACUACUUUCACUUACAUUAAUUAUAAUACAACAAUCUACUGCCCGUGUACCACAGCGAGCCCCAAAUAAAAGGGCAGUCAUGUCCGCCCUACAAAACAUUCUAUCACCUGGCAAUACAGAACAGGCCCUACAAAUGAUGCAAAUGGGCAAACGACCGGCGCUAGAAGAGUUGCCCGUUAACGGAAUACGGAAAGUGGCAACACCGUUAAGUCAAAUACAGCCUACUCAGCAAAAAGUUGAAGUGGUGCCAAGAAUAGCACCGAAUGUUGCCAACAUACCAUGCCAGAAGACGCCGGAAGUCAUUCACGUGCCUGUACCAUUUCCGGUGCCAGUUAAAGAACCGUGCUCAUCACCAUUGAGUCCUUUUCUGCCCUCAGCUUCCCCUGUGUCGGCGUGGGCCCCACCUACCAGUAGCUUACUGCCACCAGUAAUUCCAUCUCAAACUAGAAACCACUUUUUGAGGAAAAUUCCUAUACCUCCUCCAACUUUAUAA